UGCGCGUAAAACGCAGCUAUCAGCGCAAUUACCUGCAACUCUAAACACAACAAAAGUGUUGCAAUGGAAAAGUCAAAGAACUUCAGGAUCGACGCCCUUUUAGCUGAAGAACCACAUCGAGGGAGCCGAGAAGUUUCCCCUGGACUGAGCAGCGACAGCCCGACUGGGAGUCCGGUGUCCUGCAGGCGCGGUGACACCCCGUCCCCCCGCGGGACCCCAGGUGCCAUACACCUCCAACCCGGAAUCAUACCGAAACCAGGGCUGCUCAAUCUCCCUCACCCGGGACUCACUUCUAUCCCAGGCAUGUACACGACGCCCAUGUACCCCAUUUCAGCAUUGGGAGGUCAGCACCCUGCACUAGCGUACACUGGGUUCACCCAGCUGACGCAGCCGUACCCGGAGCAGCUGAAGGCGGCGGCGAUGGCCGGAUCAUUACCGCUGGAGCAUUGGAUACGAGCUGGCAUCAUGGUACCACGACUGCCCGAUUACACCUGUGAGUGGGGUAGCAUUCAGAUGACUGCCCCUCAGUCUGGUUUGAUGGGUAAAUGUCGAAGGCCUCGGACAGCAUUUACUAGUCAACAACUACUGGAGCUGGAAAACCAGUUUAAACUUAAUAAAUACCUUUCCAGACCCAAACGCUUCGAAGUGGCCACAUCUCUAAUGCUGACUGAGACACAGGUGAAGAUCUGGUUCCAGAACCGGCGGAUGAAGUGGAAGCGCAGUCGUAAAGCUAAAGAGCAGGCGGCGCAGGUGGAGGUGGAGCGGCAGCGUGGAGGAACCAAACCCAGCGGACGGGACAGCAGACGCGCUCCAGCAGCUCCCAGUGUGGAGGAACAGGAGGAAGAGGAGGAGGAGGAAGAGGAGAUAGAUGAAGACGAAGAGGACGAAGAGGACGGACAACACAAGUUCAUCAACAACAGCCUCAGCGUGUCCCGAUCCACAGACUUUCUGCACCACACCGCUGCGUUAUAUCAUCCCGACAGCCCCUUCUCGGAGGACGACAUAGAGGAGCUGCAUGGAGGAGAGAGGAAGAUCCGGGCAGGGUUAUGAAGACUUGUUUAAAUUACUAUGGAACUUUGACUCUAUGGUAGCAUUAGGGGUAAAUAUCAGCCAGCCUUUUAGACACUUAUCAGUGAUGGCACUGGACAUUGG